GUUAGACUGAACAUACGGUGAGUUAGCCCGCGAACGAAGCUACACACCGCCGCUCGGUGGUUAUAUGGGACCCCUCUCCGCCCCUUUCCCCUCUUCUUCCUCUUCCCCGCUUCUCAACCACUCCCUCUGCAUCGAUCUGAGGAGGCAACAGAGACAGCUUGGCACGAAACAACAAAGGGCGGAUUGACGGAAGCAGGAGGAGAGCUUAGGCGGCGGGGGCGAGACGGCGAGGAGGAAUGGACGGGCACGGCGGCGGCGGGUCGGGUAAGCUGACGCGGACGCCGUCGUCGCUGCUCCGUUCGCCAACCGUGCGGACCGCGUCCUUCCACGCGCUCGACGACCCGGAGCCCGACGACAAGAAGGCGCAGGUGCCGCUGGCCAAGCCCCGGGCCCUGCUCCGCCGGGCCCACCACAGGUUCCGGCCCGGCCCGGCCCAGUCCGUGCUGCUCCUCGUCGUCGUCCUCCUGCUCCUCACGUUCGCAGUGCUCCUGCGCCGGGGCGGCCACCACCUCGCCCUCCUGGCGGCCGCGGCCGGGGCCGCGCUCCUCGCCGCGGCAGCCGUCGCGCGGCUCCGCCGCGUCCGGCGCGCGCCCGCGUUCUCGGCCUCCGUGCAGUGGUUCAUCGGGGAGAGCGAUGGCGAGGAGCAGCGGAAGAAGGGGAAGGAGGAGGCGGACGGGCGCGCGGUGCGGGAGGGCGUGGAGUUUUACAGCAACAGGGACUGCUACGAGGGGGAGUUCCACGGGGGCCGGUGCAGCGGCAGCGGCGUGUACAACUUCUUCGGGAAGGGCAAGUACGAGGGCCACUGGGUGGACGGCAAGUACGACGGCUACGGCGUCGAGAGUUGGGUGCGCGGCAGCCGGUACCGCGGCCAGUACAGGCAGGGCCUCCGCCACGGCCACGGCGUCUACAGCUUCCACAGCGGUGACUGCUACGCCGGUGAGUGGGCCGGCGGCCAUAGCCACGGCCUCGGCGUCCAGACCUGCUCCGACGGCAGCUCGUACGCCGGCGAGUUCAAUGGCGGCGUCAAGCACGGCCUCGGCUGCUACCAUUUUAGCAAAAUCCAUUGCAGGAAUGGUGAUCGGUACACUGGGGAUUACUUUGCAGACAAGAUCCAUGGUUUCGGUGUGUACAGCUUCGCCAAUGGCCAUUGUUACGAUGGCUCUUGGCACGAAGGGAAGAAGCAGGGGUUUGGGAUGUACGCAUUUCGAAACGGCGAUGAGCGAUGCGGGGAGUGGGAUUCUGGGAUUCUGAAGAACUCCUUGCCUGUGUCUGACCCAGCUGUUCAGCGUGCCCUACAGGCUGCUCAAAGGGCUGCAGAUGGCGCCUUUCAUCUCCCGAGAGUAGAUGAUCAAGUGAACAAGGCUGUCAUGGCUGCAAACAGAGCGGCCACAGCUGCUAGAGUCGCUGCGAUCAAGGCGGUGCAGAACAGAAUAGAAGGCAAGUUGUGUUUCAUCGAUGUGUGAAGUGUGUUCAAGAAUUGUGUCCUUCACUUGUAAAUUGUACAUUAGAGUAGAGAAGAAGGGCAAUAACUGAUUGCCAAGGUUCGCGACCGGAGCAGCACAACCGCUGCUCCGUGUUGGAGAGAUCAUAUGAUCGGCAGCCACCAAAGGCCGAGCUGCUGCUGUUUCCACGAAGAGGCUUGCAUUGCUUCAGGUUGCGAGAGCAACUGGACAACUUGGUUGAUCCUCUUCCUCCUUGCAGGCUUUGAGGUGUAGAUAGUUCCAUGUGUAUCAAUGGAGGUGGUGAUCUUUCAGUGUCUUUCUAUCUUCCGCUACGCCUAUAAAGUGUGUGUGUGCAUUGUACGUGUACCUGUGCCAUCUUCCUCGUAUCAGUGCCCCAAUGGAAAUCUUGACGGUUUGAGCU